CGUCGCGCGUCAAGACCCCGGAAAGCUGGCCUAGUCAAACCACCCGCCACCCACUCGGCACCCACUUUCCCAUCUCAUCUCUCACAGCCAGGCACAUCCCAUCCAUCCUACAUCGACCCAUCAAUCAGUCACCGCCUGCUUUCCACUCUCCGUCCACCGACAACACAAGUCCGAGUCCGAGCUCCGAGACCAACAAGGCUGCUUCUCUUGCUGCCCUGCCCCCACACCGACAGAGUAUAGACCAGUGGGCGUCUUGUGGGCCUGCUUACGCGCCGUACCCCUGCCCUAGUCACCCCCCGUCACCUCGACGUAACCUCCCUCCGGCGCGAGCUCCGGCGGACGACGCGCCGCUCCGAACAACCACUACCUCGCGCCUCGACACACGACAGCACGCGACAGAUCUCCCCCUGCCUCGGCGACAACGCGGUAUUAUCGCGGCACGACCAAGCGACGACAGCGCGUCCCCAUCCCGCCGGCUUCCUCGGCAAGCGAGAGAAACUUGCAACUUCUCCAGACAUCUCCCCUGACUUUUGCCGCUCAUGAACACGAACGGACAGCAACAACAACAACAGCAACACCAGCACCAGCAGGACAUGCGCCGCCGCUCAUCAGGGAAUAGCAACGGCAAUGCCAUGGCGGGGCCGAGCCUGCAGGCUCAGCAACAUCAGCAGUUUGCUCUUGGCGUCGGCCCAUCCCAGCAGCAGCAACAGCAACAGCAGUUCUUCAGCAUCCAGCGCGCCGGCUCGGCGGGCGACGCAAACUCGCUCGGCGUCCCAGGCCUCACCACCAACCCCAUGACGCUCGCGGCGCUCUCACAGCAAGAGCUCGAACGGCACCAGCGCUCUGCAAACGGCCCAACACCAGAAGACCCGUACAUGAACGUCCGGUACCAGGCGUUCCCAGUACCCGGCGGUCGCCCACCCCGCAAGACUCACGGCCCGCCAAACCUCGAGCUCGACUCGUCCACACACCCUGUCGGCAACCCCGCGAGUGGGAUUACGCCUGGCACGAUGGCGAACCUGCAGGGCCUGUCUAGACCAACAACAGCCUCGACAUCGGUCGACGACGACCCAGUGAGACCAUUCCUCGAUGGACUCGCUGCCGCCGCCGAGAUCCCAAGGCAUCGAGAAAUGUGGACAGACCUCAUCCGCUUCAAGACGCGCAACCUCGAGCUGCAGAUUGCCGAGGCUAGGGCAAAGGAGCGCGCUGCGGAGCUCGAGCUGUUCCGCCUCAGGCAGGCUACAAAGGGCACACCAGCAGCCGCGGCGACAACUCCUUCACCCCACUUCAAGUCGAGUGCGAGCGACAAUGCGAGCGCUGGCAUUGGCACGCAGCCGGCGACCUCGCCCAACACCCAGAACACGGGACCCACGCUCGCCCAGCCAGACAUCUCGACGUUCCCAUUCGUCAUGCACGCCCGCUCCCCAGUCAUUGAGACGGCGCCAAUGGGUGAUGCUCUGGUCCCUCCUAUCACCAACCUGCCUGGAGCGCUGGCGGCUUCUUCUCAGCCAGCCCAGACCCAGUUCCAACAGCAGGCUCAGGCUCAGGUGCCCGUCCCAGCGGUGCCAUCGGCAAUCCCACCCAGCAUGAUGCAGCCCAUGACGCCGUUCGAUCUCGAGGCGAUCCUUACAGACGGCAACCUCGACAACCUCUUCUCGUGGCUGCCGGACAACGACCAUGUGUUGCAACAGCCGCAGACGGCGGCACCCUCCGACCUCAUGAUCAAUGGCGUCGACUCUUCGCUCCUCGGCAUGAUUCCCGGCACGGCGACAAGUGGAUAUGGCACAGAUUCCGCCGGUGUUCCCGCCACCCCGGCCUCCCCCGUGGUUAAGCGCCCGCUCUCGCCCGACGAGAGCGAGCACUCGCCACCGCACCAGCCGCCCAACAAGCGCGGCAAGCCCCGUGGCGAGAAGAAGAUGGUCAUCGAAAGGCAUGCGGCUUGUCUGUCGUGCGGAAAGAACGUGGCCCGCGCCCUUAUCCGUGCCCCCAAGAGCUCGAUCCCCUCUCCCAUCUCGGUCGAGUUCCGGUGCCCCGACUGUACCGGUAUUCACCAGCCACCCACGGUCGAGCCUCACAACAGCGCAGGCUCGGGCGCGUCACUCGGAAGCACGGAAACCCGAAAGCGUAUGCGCGCGGCCAUGGAGGACGACGACCUCCUGCUCGACGACCCAGCCGCACGCCGCUGCUUCUGUGACGUGUGCCAGCGCGUCGUCGCCACUGGCCAGGUUGUUGGUGAUGCCGAGCGCGUGCCCCUCGGUCACAUGACUGAAAUCGUGUGCACCAACUGCGAUGCCAAAUACCAGCGCUGUACCGACUGUGGUGGCGGUGGCGGCCCGCGCGUCGGCAUUGGAAAGUGGCGACUCAAGCAAGUCUUCCAGCCUGGCCGCAAGACGUGCAGCUUGUCGCACAGUCGCCUGGGUGACCGUCCACGAGAAAUCGGUGUCCAUGUCACACCUACCGACUUUACCCCUGAACAGCUCAAGGAGGUCAUUUCGCGCUGCAAGACGUUGUGGAGUGAGAAGACGCUCAGCCGUCUGGCGGUCCCGGAAAUGCUAGAGAUCGAUCUCCCCCCACAUGUUAUCAACCCCUUGCGCAACUUCCAAGACGUUGACGACAUUGUCACGAGGUGUUGGCCUUCUCGUGAGGCCAUGAUCCGUGCCGAAGGCAUCGACGGCAACCGCUUCAAGAGACUAUUGGGCCUCACUUGGGCACACUCGCGCCCUCGCCGCAGUGUCCGCACUGUCGACCUGGAAGAAGAGUAUGCUCGUACAGCCGAGCAGGACGACAACGAUGACAUGAGCACCGUGCUCGCGAACGUCAAGCGAACGAACGUCGUUAUCCCCCCUGGAUCUGAACUUAUUGGCAUGUGGGGCGGCGAGUGGGAUAUGCAGCACGGCUCGCUUCUCGUCUCGACCUUCAUCCCGUUCGAGGGCACCGACGGCGAAGACAGCACCGCCUUGUCUGUCGGUGAACUCAUCACCAAGGUCCAGAUCCUCCUGCAGACCAUGAAUGCCGAGCGCAAGGCUGAGGCACUGAGACUCGGCAAAGAGGCCCAGCUCGUCCGCCAGUGCGAGCAUCUCUGGGUCGUCUCUGGAGGCAGCAUGCCUCUUAUCCGCGAGCGCAUGGCCGACAUCCUCGUGCGCAAGCGCUCCUUUGUGCAUGUGGAAGAGUACCUUACGCGCCACCCCGAUUUCCUGCACGCCCUCAAGGCUCGCCCUGUCGGCUUGCAUCCCGACUUGCAUCGCCCGCUUCCGCACCAGGUGCAAGAUGACCCCGACUACCAGCCUCCGCAGCCGCUUGUUCUUGUCCGCUGGCUGGGCAAGGACUUUGACGCUCAGCGAAUCCUCGAGAUUAAGCAGAUGGAGUUUGGUGGUGGCAAGCACAAGGCCAAGCUCAAGCGCAUGCCCAAGAGCAAGGUGUAGGACGUUGUCAGAAGUAUAUUGUAGUUAUAAAAAGGGGGCAUACUUGGUAUUAUGCAUUUGGGCUUGAGAAGA